CUGAAACGAUAAAAUUACGCUCAAUGGCGGAAAGCAUGGAUAGAGGAGAUUCCCUCGAAAUUAUUCAAGAGGAGAGCGAGAAUAAUGCAGAAGAAACAGAGGAUGCAGAAAUGAAAUCUGACAACUCCAGUUCUAGUGAUUCCGGCGGAGAGAGUGAGGAUGAUGACGACGAGGAAGCAAACAAAAAGAGGCUUGAGGAACUUCAGACGCAGAUAGAGGAAAAUCCGUACUUGUAUGAUGGACACACAGAAAUGAUAAAACUUCUCCGUAACACUGGAGAACUGGAGAAACUUAGAGACGCAAGAGAGAAAAUGAGCCAGUACUUUCCCCUAACUCAAGAUCUGUGGUUGGAAUGGCUCAGAGAUGAGAUUCCUUUGGCAACAGAUGAAAGUGAGAGGAAGCAUGUCUAUGACCUGUUUGAGAGGGCAGUAAAAGACUAUCUGUCUGUAGAUGUGUGGUUGGAAUAUGUGCAGUUCUGUAUUGGAGGGAUGGGUCAGAUAGAUGGAAUGUCCCACAUUCGGGAUGUCUUUGAGAGGGCUCUGUCAGCAGCUGGCCUUCAUGUUGCAGCUGGAUCUAGUCUCUGGGAGGCUUAUAGGGAGUUUGAGAAUGCUCUAAUGAGUGGUUAUAUGCCACAACCAGGACAAGUAGCCACUCCUGAACAAGAAGAAAAAUUCAAUACCCAGCAGGAUAGAGUAGUCUCCCUUUUCAAAAGACAGCUAUCCAUCCCUUUAAUGGAUAUGCAGGAAACCAUGGCAGAAUUCAAAGAAUAUUUUGAGGAUGAGAUUGAUGACGGAACCAAAGAGGCCUAUAGUAAAGCUCUGGAUAAACUGGAAAAGUUAAUACCAUAUGAAGAGGCUUUAAAUUCAGCAGAGCCGCCAAGAUUGGAUGCUUACUUGUCCUAUAUUGAUUACGAGAUGACUCACGAUGAUCCAGCCAGAAUUCACAACAUAUUUGAGCGAGCUUUACAAGAGAACUGUUUAAAUGCAGAGUUAUGGCUGAAAUAUGCUAAAUAUCUGGAUCACAAAAGACUACAGGUGGAAACCCUGGUUCUAGGAAUGUAUGAAAGAUCUGUCAGAAAUUGUCCUUGGUGCUCACAGCUAUGGCAGAGAUACAUACUAGCUAUGGAGAGAUUUCAUAAAUCACAAAAGGAAAUCAAAGAGUUGGUGGACAGAGCAUUACAGUGUGGCUUUAACUCUGGAGCUGAUUAUCUAGUGGUGUGGAGCACGUACUGUGACUAUCUGCGACGGAGAAUUAAGUGGGAUCAGGAACAUGAAGAUGAAUUGGAGUUGUUCAGAAUAACUGUUGAAAGUGCUGUUAACUUUCUAUCAUAUUAUGGUGUGGAGGCAGAUCCAAAGGGGAGUUUACAGCAGUUCUGGGCAGUAAUAGAGGGCAAGUUUUGUAAAAAUAUGACAAGGGCUAGAGAGAUCUGGAAUGACAUCAUGUCUGCAGGAAGAAAUCAUGAGGCAGCUUUAUGGUUGGAUUAUCUAAAAAUAGAAAGGGCAUACGGUGAUAAUAAACACUGCCGUAAACUUCUGAACAGAGCACUCAAUGUGGUAACAGACUGGCCAGAAGGAAUUGUCGAAGCUAUGAUCAACUUUGAAAGAGAGGAAGGGAAUUUGGAACAGUAUGACACAGCUGUAACCAAGUGUGAGAUACAUAUGGAUGCCAUAAAUAAAGAGAGAAAGGAGUCAGAAUUGGAAGAAAAAAGACAGAAUAGAAGACUAGAAAAGAAACAGAAAAGAUUUGAUGCAAAAGAAAAAGGAAAGAAGGGGAAGAAAGACGGUAAUGAGAGAAAAAAAUCGUCACCAAAAGAAAGUGCAGACAAAUCUUCACAGAAAGAAAAGACAGACAAAUCUGAAAACAGGAAAAGAAAGUCAGAAGAAGAGCAAGCUGAAUUCAAAGUACCUGCAGUACCAAGUUCAAAGGGACCACCCCCUCCUGGGUUCAAGGAGCCACCUCCACCUGAGUCCAAGGGACCCCCUCCACCUGGAUAUAAAGGACCCCCUCCAGGGUAUAAAGGAGGAGAGCAUGCAGCCAAGAAGCCAAAAAUAGAGGAGGAAACAUCCAACAGUGGUGGCCAGGGGGAUGGCUCAAACACUCAAGUAGAUUUUGUGGAGAAAGCUGAGCAAGAUCCGAAUAAAUCCAAACGUACAGCAUUUGUCAGUAAUCUGGAUUACUCCAUAGAUGAGGAUCGCAUUGGGCAACUUUUUGCCAAGUGUGGGGAAAUGACAGAUAUCCGACUCGUGAAAACUAUUAGAGGAAAAUCUAAAGGAUAUGCUUAUGUAGAAUUUAAAGAUGAGCUGGGUAUGUUAGAAGCUUUAAAGUUGGACAGGACACCUGUUGAGGGUCGACCAGUUUUUGUUUCAAAAUGUGAAGACAGAAGCCAAAAGAAGGCUCAGUUCAAGUUUUCUACUGAAAUGGAGAAGAACAAACUUUUUGUGAAGAAUCUUCCUUUUACUUGCACCAGGGAGGCCUUGAUCCAGAUCUUCAGUGAGCAUGGCCCUGUACGCGAGGUCCGAAUGGUGACGUACAGAAGUGGGGCUCCUAAAGGGUUAGCCUAUGUAGAGUUUGAGGAUGAGCAAGAUGCAGCUAAAGCUGUGGUUAAGACAGAUGGAUUGAAGAUUGGUGAACAUGAGAUUGAGGUAGCCAUCAGUAACCCUCCACAGAGAGGUACCCCCCUCAGCAGCAGGGAUGAAACCUCCUUCACCCCAACACUGGGAGGGGGAAAGAAAGAGACAGAAGUGAGAGGAAAAGCUCGUACACAGCUGUCCUUGGUGCCAAGGUCAAUCCAGAGAACCCCAGCCACAGCUAAAAACAGUAAACCCCCUCCCCCACAAAACACAGAAUCUAAUGGACAGCCAGUGGCCAAUGCCACAGCAACAAAAAUGAGCAACGAUGAUUUUAGAAAAAUGUUGCUGAAAAAAUGACUUCAAUUUUUUAAAGAAUGAAUUUAGUUAUUUGUUAUGUAUUUGUUUUUGGUCAUUUGAAUAAAAGUACAAAGUGAA